GAUCAAUGCAACACUAUUAAACAAGCCACACCUGGAAGGAGUUAGUGAGUUCAUGCAGCUUGUAACAGAGCGAUUUAAUGUGAAUGAAGAAAUAUUUUGUCCAUGCCGCAAGUGUUUGAAUCGUCUUAGUGGACAUAGAGGACAGGUGGAGGACCACUUAUAUCUUCAUGGGAUGGCUAGUACAUACACUAGGUGGAUGUAUCAUGGAGAAGCCAUGGAUGACAUAAUUAAUGAAAAUGGUGACCAGCAGGAUGAACAUGUGAGUUUCAAUGAAGAUGUUGGUAUGAAUCAAGAUGAAGAUCUUGGUGAUAGGAUUAAUGGUAUGGUAGAGGAGAUAUACACAGCCGAAGAUGAAGAUAAAAGGAAAUCUAUGUUUGGAGAUAUACUAGAGGAGAUGAAACAAGAACUUUAUCCUAGUGCAACUUAUACAAGGUUUUCGUUUGUGGUGAAGUUGCUUCAUAUUAAGUCGUUUUAUCGUAUCAGCAAUGUUGGCUUCACUGCAGUACUGAAGUUGUUGACAUCAGCAUUUCCUAAUUGAUCCCUUCCUUCAUCUUUUGGAGAUGCAAAUAAACUUAUCUGUGCACUGGGACUUGGGUAUGUUUCAAUCCAUGUGUGCCUAAAUAACUGUGUUUUGUUUCGGAAGAACUAUGCAAAGCAUGAUCAAUGUCCAAUUUGCGGUGAAUCAAGAUGGAAAGAUAUAAAUAGACGGAUUCCUCAGAAGGUACUGUGCCAUUUUCCGUUGAUCCCUAGGCUAAAGAGAAUGUUUGCUUCCAAAGAAAUAGCAAAACAGGCACAAUGGCAUAAGUUCAAGAGGAAACAUGUGGAGAAUGAGCUUAGUCAUCCAGCUGAUGGAGAGGCAUGGAAAGAUUUUGAUAGAAAAUACGGCUGGUUUGAAGAAGAUGCAAGGAACAUUAGGCUUGGGCUCGCUAGUGAUGGUUUCAAUCCUUUUGAAAAAAUGAGCUCAUCAUAUAGCAUGUGGCCAGUAUUUCUUAUAUCGUACAACUUUCCUCCAUGGGAAUGUAUGGAACAAUCCAACUUCAUUAUGGGUCUACUCAUUCCUUGCCCAGAAUGCCCAGGAAAGGAUUUUGAUGUCUUUAUGGAACCACUUAUUGAAGAGUUGUUGGAGCUUUGGAAAGGUGUCACUACUUGGGAUGCAUUGAGUGGAAACAAUUUUGAACUACAUUCUGCAGUUAUAUGGUGCAUUCACGACUAUCCAGCUCUGAGCACAUUAUCAGGUCGGGUCACAAAAGGCUAUUACGCUUGUGUGCAUUGUGACAAAAAUCCUGGCUCCAAAAGAAUAAGGAACAAGAUAUGCUAUGUUUAUCAUCGACGUUUCCUUCCAAAAGAUCAUCUUUGGAGGAGAAAUAAAACUUUUGAUGGUCAUAGUGAACAAAGUGAGAAGCCAGAGGAAUUUAGCAUAAAUGAGUUUCUCCAACAAUUGGAGAGGGUAAAAGAUGUAAGACCAGGAAAACAUACUAAAAGCAAAAAGAGAAAGAGGGAAAUAGAAGGUCAAUGUUGGAAGCGAAGAUCAUGUCUAUGGGAUUUGCCAUAUUGGUCAAGUUUGAAGUUGCGCCACAAUCUUGAUGUAAUGCACAUUGAAAAAAUAUAUGUGAGUAUUUUAUUGGUACAUUUCUUGACAUUGUUGGAAAGACAAAGGACACCAUUAAUGCUAGGCUUGAUUUGGAGGACAUGGGCAUAAGGAAACAUUUACACUUAAAGCAUAAUGGGGACUCAUACAGUGUUCCGCAUGCACCAUACACAAUGAAUAAAACACAGAAGGUUGCUUUUUGUGACUUUUUGAGAAGUGUGAAAUUCCCUCAUGGCUAUGUUUCUAACUUAGCAACAUGUUUAGUACUGAUGGAUGCAACCUCUAAGCGUUGAAAACUCAUGAUUGUCAUAUCCUUCUUCAAAGAAUUUUACCUGUUGCUAUUAGAGGAAUCAUGAAUAAGGACAUAUAUGAAGCACUUGCUGAAUUAGGUAUUUUCUUUCAGCAGUUAUGUGCUAAGACAUUGAAGUUGGAUGUUUUACAAAGAAUGAAAGUUGAAAUCCCAAUCAUUUUGUGCAAACUUGAGAAAAUAUUUCCUCCUUCUUUCUUUGAUGUGAUGCUGCACUUGGCUGUUCAUUUACCUGACGAGGCAAUCCUAAGAGGACCAGUACAAUAUGGGUGGGUGUAUCCAGUGGAAAGAAGGUUGUAUACGUUGAAACGUUUUGUAAGAAAUAUGGCUAGACCUGAAGGAUCCAUUGCAGAAGCAUAUGUUGCUAAUGAGUGCUUGACAGCUUGCUCGAGGUACUUCGAUGAUGUUGACACAUGACACAAUCGGGAGGGUAUGAACAAAGAGCGUGUUGAUUUGAGAAGAGGUAGAUUUUAUGUUUUUCAGCAUGGAGUUGAACUUCUUGGAGCGCCAAGAAUUACAUACCUUGAAGAUGAUUACAAUAAGAUGGUUUGGUAUGUUCUAAACAAUUGUUCAGAAGUGGAGCCAUAUAUAAAGAUGUACAAGGAAGAGUUAGAGAAUGAAGGGACUAUUGAUGUUGAAAAAACCAUUGAGAAGCAAUUUUCCUCAUGGUUUAAGAAGCAUAUUGCAAGAUUGCGAUUUGUUGAGGGAGAAGGCAUUGAUGACGACCUAUAUGCAUUGGCAUGUGAACCGGAUUUGCGAGUUCGAAUUUUUUCUGCAUGUCUUGUUGAUGGUGUCCGGUACCACACCGUUGACCGUGAGAGAAAUAGAAGAACUCAAAACAGUGGAGUCAUGGUUGAGGGCACUCAUAAUAAUGAAUGCAUUGAUUUUUAUGGCUGCUUAAAAGAAAUAAUUGAGUUGCAGUAUAACUCAGAUUUGAUGGAGCAUCGGACAGUUGUUCUAUUCCAGUGUGAUUGGUUUGACACUCAUAGCAAGAAAGUUAAUAUGAAAUGUGAUGGAUA